AUGGUCGAAAUCUUCCGCGGCAUGUCUGCCGAGCUCCUCGCGCAACGGUUGCGAGUGCCAUUCAAGCAGCUGCAGCCAGUGCUCCAAUUGCUCGCCGAUGAGGACGCCGAUGUGUCCCCUGCGUCAGCUCUAUCCAUUGAAACGGCAGAGCUGGCCGCCCUCGAGUACGAGUUUGACGCCAAGAUCGUCUCGCCACCAGGCGCUCAGCCACCACCACCACCACCACCAACACGUGCACCAGCGAUGCCGACCAACCCUUCGCGAAAGCCACGGCCACCCGUCGUCACCAUCAUGGGACACGUCGACCAUGGAAAAACAACAUUGCUAGACUCGCUAAGGAAAACGUCCGUUGCAGCAGGUGAGGCAGGUGGAAUCACGCAACACAUUGGUGCGUUCAAGGUGCCCCUGCCGAACGGCGGCGCGGCAACGUUUCUCGAUACCCCUGGACAUGCCGCGUUCUCUGCCAUGCGCUCGCGCGGUGCACGUGCAACCGAUAUCGUGAUUCUGGUUGUGGCCGCGGACGACGGCGUCAUGCCCCAAACAGUCGAGUCGAUCGAGCACAUUCGCGCGUCGCGAGCGCCCAUGAUUGUGGCCGUCACAAAGUGCGACAUGCCAAUGAGCAACCCCAAAAACGUCUACCAGCAGCUGCUCAAGCAUGGUGUCCAUGUGGAAGCGCUUGGCGGCUCCGUCCAGAGCGUGGAGCUGGCCGCACCCAAAGGCCUUGGUUUGAGCGACUUGAUUGAGAAUAUUGCAGCCCUGACCGAGCAGAUUGCCCCCGAAGCCGAGCAGGAUGGGCCAGCGGAAGCAAUUGCCAUCGAAAGCAAACAGCGCGAAGGAAUGGGCAUGGUUGUCACAUGCCUGGUCACGCAGGGCAUUCUCCGAGAGGGUGCCAUUCUGGUGAGCGGAACGGCGUUUGCGCGGGUUCGUCGACUCAGUAACGAUCGCGGCGAGGCGGCUUCGGAAGCCUUCCCUUCCGAUCCCGUCGAAGUGGUCGGAUGGAAGCACGUCGUCGAGCUCGGCGGCCACAUUGUCGAGGUUCCCUCGGAAGAUCGCGCCAAGCGCCUCGUAUCCGUCCGCGCCAGCAAGAAGCAGUCGCAACAGACAUCUCAAGCGCCCAAUCUGGCAUCCGAGGGCUUUUCCGACCAGAUGAGUCGCGAAGACCGCAGGCUUCGCAGCGUUCGCCUCGCCUCCCACGGCCGCAUUGUUGUUGCCAAGCGUGGCAUUGACGCCGAGGCAACCCAACACAACGUCAAAGAGGCGGAAGCAGCCGCUCGUGCCGAGCCCGUGUCACUCAACAUUGUGCUGAAAGCGGACGUGGUCGGGUCCAUGGAGGCGAUCGCAGCCUGUCUGGCUGGACUGCCGCAAUCGCAAGUUCGCGUCUCGGUUGUGCGCCAGGAUAUUGGAGCCAUCACGCAGUCAGACAUUGAUAUUGCGGCUGCAUCUGACGGUGUCAUCAUCACCUUCAGUCAGCCCGCUCCGUCCAAGGCGAUUGACACGAAGGCUCGCGCGGCCGGCGUGGACAUUCGCAGCUACAACAUCAUCUACAAGCUGCUCGAUGACAUGAAAGAGCUCAUGCGAUCGCGCCUGCCCUCGCGGACCGUUGAGAAAACCCUGGGCACCGCGAAUGUACUGGCCUGCUUCCCGCACUCCCGUGUCCCCGGUCUCAUUGCAGGCGUGCGUGUCCAAACCGGUAGCAUGCUGCGCAAGCACAACUUUAGCGUCACGCGCAAGGGUCAGGUCAUCUUUAGCGGCAAGGCGGUCGCGUUGCGGCACGUCAAACAAGACGUCGAGACGCUUGAUCGUGGCGGCGAAGGUGGUCUACAGCUCGAAAAGUUUGGUCCUUUUGAGAUUGGCGAUGAAAUCCGUUGCUUUGAGCUCAAGGAAGAGCGACCUGAAAUUGAAGAGUAUUAG